UUGACAAGCGCAUUCAUCAUUUGCAUUCGAAUUAUUCUACAGAUUACAGCUAAAAUGUUUAAAUCAAUUUUAAUGUUUGCGAUUUUUGCUGCCGUAUCGGCUCACAUGGCACACUAUCGUGAGGAGUGUAAGGAUGAAUUAAACAUCCCUCAAGAAAGCAUUGACAAUUUCAAAAAUUGGAAAUUUGAAAAUGAUGAUCAUUCUGCAUGCUAUAUUGAAUGUAUAUUCAAGAAAAUGGGUUUGGUAAAUGAUGGACAAUUCAACGUUGAUGUUAUUGCUGAAAAGCUAAGCUCAGAAGACAAAACAGCUGAAGAAUUGAAACCUGAUAUUGAGAGUUGCAUUGAUAAUACAAUAACUGAUAGCUGCAAGAGAAUUUUCAAGGGAUUCGCUUGUUUCAAGGAAAACAAUCUCUACAGAAUCAAAGCUAGUGCCCAAAGUUCUUGAUCAUGUGAUAUCAUGUCCUAUUUUAAUCCAGUCCACUUUUUAAUGUGAAUCAUUUACAGAAUCAAUUUUUAAUAAAAUUAUUUGCUUCAUUUUAAUAAUGUCUUUCUGUACAUCAAUUGGG